ACCUCUGCUUGGACAAUGCUUCCUCUCCACAGCGCAGGAAAAGAUGUAAGCCUUGCAUAAACAUCACCCAUAAGAACACUUCUGUGUUCUUAUGGGUGAUGUGAGAACCCCGCAGCUGCCUGAAAAUAGAGCGUCACAUCAGCAUGGAGGUCAGCGAGUAUCAGCAGUUCCCCGAAUCUCAACCCGAGCAUGCUGCUGUAGAGAAGACCCCAAAGACUGAGCGCCUCCUCCUCCCUGUGCUCCUCACUGUGGCUCUGCUGAUUGUCCUGCAGGCCGCUCUCAACCUCUCUCUGAGACUGUCUCUCAGUCAGCCCGCUGCUGGAGGGGAGCGUGGAGGGGAGCGUGGUGGGGAGCGUGGAGGGGAGCCGGAGCAGAAUAGCUGUCCAGAAGGCUGGCUGAUGUUCGGCUCCAGUUGUUACUUCUUCUCCAACGACAAGAGGAGCUGGGAUGGCGGGCAGAGGGACUGUGAGCAGAGAGGAGCUCACCUGGUCAUCAUCGACAGCCGGCAGGAACAGAACUUCCUCACUGGGUUCAGGGCAGCAGCGUGGGUCGGGAUGACGGACAGAGAGACGGAGGGAACCUGGGUCUGGGUGGACGGAACCCCGGUGAACAGACAGAGGCUGCUCUGGGCCCCUGGACAGCCUGAUAACUCGCUUGGAGGAGAGGACUGCGGGGACCUGCGCACCAUGAGUCAGUUCCUCGGCCUGAACGACUCUAUCUGCAGCGCCAGAGAGCAGUGGAUCUGUGAGAAGAGCCUCUGAUGAGGGAUGAAUGAAUGUGUGUGUUCUGCUGCAUCUCCUCCCUCAGAGAUACUCGUCCUGUUGCUGUUUGUUCCUGAUGUCACAAUGAAACCCAAUGACAGAAUAACUGUUGAAUCAGAGAGAACAGGUACCACUAGGGUGCAUAUCACCCGUCUUUGUUAACCCGGGCUUUCUUCUUCUGUGGUUGUCAUCUGUCUUUGGAGGGUCUUUUGUACAAAACGGAUCGAUAGUUGCCUCUUUUGCAUUAAAAAGUGUCUAAAAAAUGACUCCAGCAUAGCACAUCCUGUUACUGAUCUUGUAAAUUCACAAAUAAUGUACUUUUUUUUACGACAGGAUGCACCCUGAGUACCUCACUUUUAUUUCUCCAUCAUUAUUCAUUCCUGAUUCUUAAUUGAUAGAGUGAAAUAAACAACUGUCAAUAUU